GAGUCCCUCAAAGCUGCUGUCUCUUGACGCUCCCGAAAAACAGGAACUGCAAUCUUCUUCACUGUCACAACCUCCACCUUCACGCACAGAAGCUAGCUAGGUAUUCACGCGUGAAACGAAUCUCAAGUGCCGAAUCGAUUUUGCCCAAGCAGAAUCGAUUCUACUACUGGGUGCGGAACCAACCAAACCCCUUCAAACCACAAUGUUGAAGAAGAAGCUCUUCCCAACGACCCUUUCAACUUUCUUUUUGAGCCGCACCUUAACUUCGAUUCCUCAACACUCUCACCUCAAACUCUCUCUUCACGCAUUUCCAUCACCACCACUCCGAGAUCUUCUGUGUCAUAACCCCGCGUUCUGUUUCUCUCUCGGGUCUCUCAGAUUUUGCGGGGAGAGUUUCUGCUCAAAACCUGCAGAGAAGUUUGAAUCCAGGUGCUGGAAUUGUCACGCUGAAUCAAAACCUGAAUCGGAACCUUUCCUGCUCUGUCACUCGUGUCGGUGCAUUCAGCCUGUGGAUCAUUCGGUGGAUUAUUUCGAGAUUUUUGGGUCGGAGAGGAAAUAUGACUUAGAGAGUAGCUAUUUGGAGGGCAAGUACAAAGAGUGGCAAAAGAAACUACAUCCUGAUUUAGUACAUACAAAAUCUCAGAAAGAAAGAGAUUUUGCUGCUGAACAAUCUGCAAGGGUGAAUGAUGCAUACCGUACACUUGGCAAGCCUUUGUCAAGAGGGAUUUACAUGCUGAAGCUUGACGGUGUAGAAAUUGAUGAAGAACAGACAAUUUCAGAUCCAGAAUUACUAGCAGAGAUAAUGGAAAUCAGGGAAGCAGUUGAAGAAGCAAAUAACUCUGAGGCUUUGAAUCAAAUUCUCUCUCAGAUGCAGGAGAAACUGCAAAAUUGGUCUAAUUCCUUUGCUCAUGCUUUUCAAAACCGGAACUUUGAAGAAGCGAAAAUUGCAAUCAGGAGAAUGACUUACUAUAGUCGUGUGAUUGAUGAAGUUGUAAAGAAGCUUUGAUAUAGGACAUCAUUAUUGCUGACCCUCUUCUGCCUUUUGCACUUCAAGGCUUUCACAGUAAAGUUGUAGGCAAAGACGGAGUGAUUCCUUUGGAUUGAUCACAUGUCUGAAUGAAGUGGCGUCUCAGAAAAUUACCAUAUGAUCUCAUAUAUUUCUCAGUAGACCUUUUUGCUUCUCAAUGCACAUUCUGACACAUAAUGAGGCAGCCUGCAUGCAACUUAGCAACAGUCUUGUGUUCCUGAAUAUAGCUAUUAUGAAUACCUUGGGAAUUUUGCUUCACUGUAUUUGAUGCUACAAUAAAGGUGUUUUGUGGCGAGGUUAGAAAUGGAUUCUUAUGUUAUGCAAUUUGAUGUUUAUAAUAAACGAGCUGCCAAAUAAUAUUUAAUUUAAUUA